CAGUGGCAGCGUGGUAAAGUCUGACAAGUUAGCCGGACUGCUGCAACACCAAGUGGCGUCAUCCUAAACUCCUACCUCCCAGUUACUGUACGGAUAUUUGAGCUUUGGGCGGAUUGUUUGGCAACAGUUCACUUCCCUCUUCUAUGCCACACUACGCACAGAGCAACAGGCAUGCUACCAUCAGAAGUAAGCCGUAGAGUUGAACUUUAGUAAGUUUAAAGUUGUUGUUUUUCUCUGUCAGUAUGGGUGACUCGGACGCGACUCUGAGAAGAAGGGCGACUUUCGCAGCGGGGUUAGGUGGAAGUAUGCAGCCGAUGAAUGGGAAGUCUGCAGCGGCGUCUCAGAGCUCAGUGACCGCUGAUUUGGGAAAAGAUAAUGGCCUGGGAAAACGAGACCGUAUGGUGGAAACAGCCCGAUCAAACUCAAAGAGUGAGAAACAUAAACGCAGGAACGACAUAAGUGAGAGAAUGAGCUGUCAUAAAACACAGGAGUCCCUGCUGAGUUCAUCCAGUGGUUUCAGUAACUACAGAGGAAUCCUAAACUGGUGUGUGGUUAUGCUGGUUUUGAGUAAUGCUCGCCUCUUCUUAGAAAACCUGCUAAGGUACGGCAUUCUGGUGGACCCUAUUCAGGUGAUUUCCUUGUUUCUGAAGGAUCCCUACAGCUGGCCAGCAGCAUGCCUUGUUAUUGCCUCCAACCUGUUCAUUCUGGUGGCUCUCUACACAGAAAGGCAGCUAUCAAAGGGUUCCUUCACUGAACGUGUGGGAUUUCAGGUCCAUUGCAUUAACAUGGUAAACAUGCUAACAUUCCCUGCUGCAGUCGUCCUAUUGGUCCCCUCCGUGACCCCAGUUGGCGGUGUGUUCGUUGUUGGGACUCACACUAUCCUCUUCCUAAAGCUUUACUCCUAUAAAGACGUCAACAAGUGGUGCAGAGAGCUGAGCAGUGUCAAGGCAAAGAAACUGGCCAGGUCGCUGUCUUGUCCCUCAGCGCAGCACUUAAAUGGAGGCGACCGUAAGGUGUAUUACCCUGGUAACCUCACCAUCAGAGACAUGUACUACUUUGUCUUUGCUCCAACUCUGUGCUACGAGCUCAACUUCCCUCGCUCUCCUAAUAUCCGCAUGAGUUUCCUGCUCAGGAGACUGUUUGAAAUGCUGUUCUUCAUGCAGAUGUUAGUUGGUCUCACUCAACAGUGGAUGAUUCCCAUCAUUGAAAGUUCCAUGAAGCCACUAGAGGUGAGGAGGAUAGACAGGGUGUCCACGGGGUCUUAA